AUGGCGAUCAAUCGAAUAGCUCCAAGGAUAUUUUCCAAAAAUCAUGCUGGCAUCCUAAGUCCACAUUUAAAUUUUACUUCAACAUUAAAGCGAGUGACUGCCCGUGCAUUUUCGAAAGAGAAAGGAUUCUGGAGUUCAAUUGUCGCUGGCAGUGCGGACCCAAGAAGUGGCGCACAUUCGAAAAUUUUGGCGAAUAAUACACUUUAUGAGCUGCAGUGUAAGCUUUAUAGUGUGUUGCUUAUUUUUGUUUAUAUUUGUGUUUAGUAUGUCUUGCAGUUGAUGUGCAGUGUGCACAGUACGUUAAUUUUUAUUGUCAUUGUGUACGGCACAAUCAUUUGCACCUGAUGAAGCAGAACAGCUGUGAAGAUAAUGAACAUUGUUUAUUCGCACAUGAAACUUUCAUGUUAAGAGCAUUUGACAAGUUUUAAUCUGAAUAGCCAAUCAUGUUUAAUUGGCCUCAUGCUUGAUUGGUGGGUCAGAUUGAAAUCUUCAAAUGGUCUUGACAAACAUUGACGUUUCACCCCAGGGAUGGAUUUACUUGUGGGGUAGGGGGUACAUGCCCCCUGGCCAGAGGGGGUGCAGAAGGUUGCUAUUUUUCAUGAUAAAGCAAAAAAAUAUUAGAGACAAAAUGAGAUACAGUAGUUUGAGUAAUAACAUGGUGAUAAGCGAACUGUGAACAACAAUUAUAGUUCAAAUACAGUAGUCAAGCAAGUACUGCUGUAUGUUGAUGGGCGGGCGGUGCAUGUGACUGACACAACUCUGCACCAGUGCUGGCAGAGCACCUCCCCCCCCCCCCUCCGCAGGCCCUCAUUGUGUCAUGGGAAGGUCACGAUUUCGAGAGGGCCUGUGGAAUCUUGUAAAAUGAAUAAAUGUUGUUCUAAACCUGCUUCGUUAAAGAAGGCAGUUUUAUUCGUGCAAUGUUGGUGUGGACAACAAACCUUAUCGUUAAAAAAUUCUUCCUUACACGUCCUUAGAGUCGCCAUUUUAAUUUACAAGUUUCAUGCCGCUUUUUUAUAGCCUGUUUAUAUUCAAGAUUAUGUAUAAAUUUACUUGCUGAUGUGAUGCCGGCGCCAUUUUUUUUAUUCCAAGAUUCCACAGGCCCUCACCAGAUUGUGUGUGACCUUCCCAUGAUGCAACAAGAGCCUGGGGAGGAGGCAGCUCCCCCUCCCUACCAGAUCAUGCUGGAUCCAUCCCUGUUAUUCUCCCUACUGAGAAGCGGUUCAUUGCAAGUUGUCCUGUAGAUGAUUGGAUUGUCACAACUGAAUAACUUCACUUUUUAUUCUAUAGUUCACCAUAUAAAGCCAGAAAGAGUAAAUGAUUAUUCAGAAUUAGUGUAAGUGUAGUGUCUGUAGAUAAUGAGUCAUUCCAAAAAGGAUCCAUGUGCCCAAAUUGGGAGGGAAAUUGUGUUCUCCUGAGGGAAAAAGAGGUAAUCCACUUCUGACAAUAGAAAAACAUACUAGGGCCUCAGAAAAGGGGAAGCAGCCUUCAUAAUUUGCCUCUGCACUCUCCAAUUGCUGAAGCAAAUACUGAGACAUGUUGAGAAUGUUCUGACUCGCCUCUGCAAAACAAUCCCAAAUUUUUGCCGAGGGAGAAAUAGACCAAUUACAACAGCUGGGAAAAAGGUUACUUUCUCAUUUCCUUGAUGAAGGAGGUGCGGAUGUUGCUUCUGGAAUAACCCAAGAAUUCUCAAUAUACCCUUUUGAUAAUUACGUCACACAUACUUUUUGGUCUUGGAGCCUUGCUCUCAUUAGUAAAUUACACAAGGUGAUUGGCUCACGAUUCAUGAGAGCGAGGCUCCCAGGCCAAAUGAUAUCAUUUUAUUGUUGUUUUAGUUUUGCAAUUAAAUAUACAUUAAUUGGACAUUAAAUAAAAAAUAGACAUUAAACUAUUUCUUUUAAUUUGCAUGUAAAUUUCCAGCGCUUCAGAAUUACCUCGUGUAAGUGAAGAUCCGGAAUUCCCUGCAACACUUCUUGGGAGUUGGACAACAUUGUAUGGACCUUUAGAUAGUGCCGGUGGGUGAAUUUCUUAUUCUCAUGCAUGCCUACUUACCACAGGUGCAUAUAGCUAGCAUGUGUUAGCUUAUUAACUCUUUAAGUGGCAAUGCGCACUACUUUGUUAUUUUACUCUGUCUAAUGCCAGACAAUUUUACUCAUCAGGGGAAGAGUGUUGCCACUCAAUGGGUUAAUCAGACUACCUCCAUGGGCACCCUGUUAACCCUUUAAGUAGCAAUGCGCCCUACUUUGUUAUUUUACUCUGUCUAACGUCAGACGAUUUUACUUUAUUUCUAAAAGGAUAUUUUUAACAUUUUAAUAUUUUUAAUAUUAACAUUUUAGCCUAUUAGUGCAUGUUUAGGUUUUUAGGUUCACAUAUUUACAGGACUCACAUUGAUAACAGUUCUCUUUGGACUGAAGUGAUUUAUAUCCUGUAAUCUGUAUAAAUAUUCUAUUAAUAAUAAUAAUAAUAAUAAAGGGUGAGAGUGUUGACACUCAAUGGGUUAAAUACAAAAGAACAGAGAAUGUUAUUCAGAGUAACUGUUGUUUUGUAUUUUGUUAAAGUGCUGAGUGGCUCCCAUACUUAUUAGCUGAUUAUAUAUACAGACAUUAAACUAUAUUUCUUUUCUAUAUAUUAGUUCAUCUGUGGGUUUAUAAAACUGGCUUCGAGGAUGUGACUAAAGCAAAGCACUAUCUACACACAAAUGAGGUAUAUUCCAUUUGCUGAUUUGUAAAAUCUGUUUGCCUGUAUAUCCAGUAUCUGAGUCUCACUACUUGAAGUCAUUUUAAUAGGCCACUUCUGAAUUACGGUCGAAUGCCCACAGACAACAGCGGUGAGAACGAGGCUUGUAAUGUUUAGCGAAUUAGCCUCGAUUUUGUUUUGUUAUUUAGAACUUCGUAAAGUUUGCUAAAGAACGGGCACCAAUGCUUCACAAACGCUACAAUCAACUUUUACAUGGCUUUGAUUUUUGGGGCGAAAUACAACUACGAGAUACUAAAAAUCUUUAUGAAUUACGAUCUUAUCAUUUGAAGGUAUCUUUUAUAUAAACUGUAUUCCAAAACUUAUAUAAAUUAUUAUUGCAGACUAGUUUAAUUGGACGUAUGUGAACCUGGAAAAUAUUGUCUCUUUCUUACAAAUCCUUAGCCAGGCAGUCUAAUUGAGUGGAGAAAUAACUGGAUGAACGCCAUUGUUCAUCGUCAAAGAAUGAACGAAGAUGUUGCAGGAUUUUUUACUCAGAUUGGAGAACUAUAUGUCGUCCAUCAUCUCUGGGGUAAGGAAGACACGUUUGUACCUAAUUAGAAUGAGUUUGGAAGCAUUCUAAGUUGUUAGAACACGCUCAAGAACGUUCUUAUUGGAUUGCAUCUAAUUAGAACAAGCUUAGGGCAUUCUGAUUGACGGAAAAUCUAAUUAAGACAAUUAAAUUCAGUCUAAUAGGCAAUUCCAGCUUUUAGUUUAUGCGUGCAGGGGAUGAUGGGAAGUAAGGUAUCAUAUUGCUGAUUAUGCUGAAAAAAUAAAAAUGAUGGCCGUGUAAACACGGAGUGAUAGCUUAUACUUGUAAAUAUUGAAAUAUUUCGGUUGUUUUUAUUGAAAAUUUUCAGCAUAAUUAGCAAUAUGAUACCUUACUUCCCAUCAUCCCCUGCAGGCAUAAACUAAAAGCUGGAAUUGCCUAUUGGAACACACUCAAAGAGCGCUCUAAUUUGUUGAAUCUGAUUUUACCACAGCAUACAGCAACCUUACUGUCCGACGACAGACACGAGAAGCAGCAUGGGACAGUCCAAACUGGGCAGACAGCGUGGCCAAUACUGGUAAACAUUUUCUAAGAUUCCAAUUAAGUGUAUGUUGUUUUAGAUUUCAAGUUACAUACAUCUCCCUCUUUUAUGUAGUUCCACUGAUCAGAAGAAUGGAAUCUAGAAUUAUGCGUCCUACUGACUUUUCUCCUCUUACAUAA